GCACUCAAAGGUCUCUUUAAGGAAGACGUAAUCACCUUGUUCCACUCGCCCAAGUCGCCUGCCUCGAUUCGUGUUCACACUCUCCUCAAGCAGACUGCUGGUGCUGCCCAAUCAACUGCCACUAUCGACCAAGCUUCUUCGCAUCCCCAGCAGUCCAAGAUUGAAAGAACCGACUUCGAANNCUUGCCGCAACUUAAAAUACCUGCUCACACAUGUCGUUUUACAGACGUCCAAGAAGGUAUCCCGACCAACGACCAGCUCACAAACAUCUUCGAGUACCUUGGUCAAGACAAGAUUGGAAGCGUUGUUGAGGGUGCCUCAAGUCCCACCGAAGCUUUGAGAAAGCUCAAGGAGGAUGGAACUCUCUUCCAGAGACCGCUCGUGGUGGACUGGGGUAACGGACGUGCUGUGAGUGGAGACAACGAGUCUGAAAUCCUGAAGCUGCUGCAGACCCCUCCCAAAGCC